AUGCUGGAUCAGUUUUAUUGGGCGGAGAGGAUGUUUUGGCUUGGAGUUGCCCCGGAACCACUUAAAAGAAAUCACUUGCUUCCUGAUAAAGAUGAUGAUAUAGGCAUCAGGGAAGCUACAAAUAUGCUAGCAAGGGCCAUAGAUUAUGCAUUAUCUCCUGAAGUCAAAGCACGGGCAUCAGAGAUUGCUGAAAGAUUAUCUCUUGAGGCAUCAUCGUCAUCAUGGUUCUGUUGCUUUGAUUUUUACUAUCUCUGGAGUCUGGAUCUGCAAUGUGCCUCUGUUUCAAGGGCCAUUUAUAGUGAUGAAGUAAUUGGAGUUCAGGCUAAUAGUAGAUUCUCAGAAGGCUCGGGAUGGAAUGUUGGAGGCGGUGAAGAUCCUGAAGGAAGUGAUUACCUGUUCUAA